CUCUCCGUGAUCCGCGAAUGAAGCUCUAUUUACACCGGCACGCCGCGGUCGGGGUCCACUUGCAAGUACCACACCACCUGGCCGGCCGCCGGCGAUACCACGACUGAAGAAGAAGAAGAUGGCGGGCCGGGCGCUGCUCAUCCUCGCCGCCGUCCUCCUCCUGUGCGCCGCCGAGUGCCGCCUCGUCCACGCAUGGAAGAGGUCGUACGUGGUGUACCUGGGAGCGCACCCUUAUGGCCGCGAGGCCACGACGGAGGACCACGCGCGCGCCACCGAGUCGCACCACGAGCUCCUCGCUUCCGUCGUCGGGAGCAAGCAGGCGGCGAGGGACGCCAUCUUCUACUCCUACACCAAGAACAUCAAUGGCUUCGCCGCCUAUCUCGAGGAGGAGGUGGCCACCCAGAUGGCAAAGCACCCGGAUGUGCUGACGGUGAUGCCGAGCAAGAUGAUGAAGCUGCACACGACCAGGUCCUGGGGCUUCAUGGACAUGGAGAGGGGCGGCCAGGUGCUCCCGGACUCCAUCUGGAAGCACGGCAAGUUCGGCCAGAACGUCAUCAUCGCCAGCCUCGACAGCGGCGUCUGGCCGGAAUCCAACAGCUUCAACGACGAGGGCAUGGCCCCGGUGCCCAAGCGCUGGAAGGGCUCCUGCACCGACACCGCCAAGUACGGGGUGCCCUGCAACAAGAAGCUCAUCGGCGCCAAGUACUUCAACAAGGACAUGCUGCUGUCGCACCCGGCGGUGGUGGACCGCAACUGGACGCGCGACACCGAGGGCCACGGCACGCACACGCUCUCCACCGCCGCCGGCCGCUUCGUGCCGCGCGCCAGCCUCUUCGGCUACGCCAACGGCACCGCCAAGGGCGGCGCCCCGCGCGCCCGCGUCGCCGUCUACAAGGUCUGCUGGACCGGGGAGUGCGCCACCGCCGACGUCAUCGCCGGCUUCGAGGCCGCCGUCCACGACGGCGCCGACGUCAUCACCGUCUCCUUCGGCGUCGACGCGCCCCUCGCCGAUGCCAGCUCCUACUUCCACGAGGCCGUCACCCUCGGCUCCCUCCACGCCACCAUCCACGGCGUCGCCGUCGUCUGCUCCGGGGGGAACGCCGGGCCCUUCGAGGACACCGUCGUCAACUCCGCGCCAUGGGUCACCACCGUCGCCGCCAGCACCGUCGACAGGGACUUUCCCGACCAGCUCACCCUCGGCAACAACGCCACGAUGAGGGGGAUAAGCCUUGAGGCAUCCGACCUUCACUCCAACAAGCUCUUCCCGCUCAUCAACGGAAGCAGCGCCGCGCUCCCCAACUGCACCGUCAACCUUGCCACAAACUGCGCCACGGGCUGCCUUGACCCGGCCAAGGUCAAGGGCAAGAUCGUCGUGUGCGUCCGCGGUGGGGAUGUCCCGCGGGUCAUGAUGGGGAUGACCGUCCUCAACGCCGGCGGCGUCGGGAUGAUCCUUGCCAAUGGCGAGAUGGAUGGCAACGACAUCCAAGCCGACCCGCACGUGCUCCCGGCCACAAUGAUCACCUACACCGAGGCCGUCUCGCUCUACAACUACAUGUCGUCCACCCCGGAGCCGGCGGCCAACAUCUCGCCGUCCAAAACGGAGCUCGGCGUCAAGAACUCGCCAUCCAUCGCCGCCUUCUCCGCUCACGGGCCCAGCGGCACGCUGCCCUACGUCCUCAAGCCGGACGUCGCCGCGCCGGGGGUGGACAUCCUCGCCGCCUUCACGGAGUACGUCAGCCCCACGGAGGUGGCCGCCGACAAGCGCCGCUCCGAGUAUGCCAUCAUGUCCGGCACGUCCAUGGCGUGCCCUCACGUCUCCGGUGUCAUGGGCCUCCUCAAGGCGGCGCACCCCAACUGGAGCCCCGCUAUGAUGCGAUCCGCGGUCAUGACCACCGCGCGCACCCAGGACAACACCGGCGCGCCUAUGCGCGAGAUGGACGGCAAGGAGGCCACCCCGUUCGCCUACGGCUCCGGCAACGUGCACCCGAACCGCGCCGUUGACCCGGGCCUCGUCUACGACAUCACCCCCAACGGCUACUUCACCUUCCUCUGCUCCCUCGGCUUCUCCACCAAGGACCUGAGCAGGCUCAGCUCCGGCAAGUUUACAUGCCCGGCCAAGCCGCCCCCGAUGGAGGACCUCAACUACCCAUCCAUUGCGGUGCCGGCGCUGCGCCACAGGAUGACGAUCAAGAGGCGGCUCAAGAACGUGGGCCGGCCCGGGACGUACCGCGCAUCGUGGCGCGCGCCUUUCGGGGUCAACAUGACCGUUGACCCGACGGUGCUCAUAUUCGAGAAGGCCGGCGAGGAGAAGGAGUUCAAGGUGAAGGUGGCGUCGGAAAAGGACAAACUCGGGAGGGGCUACGUCUUUGGGAAGCUCGUCUGGUCUGAUGGGACCCACUAUGUGAGGAGCCCCAUCGUGGUAAAUGCCCUGGAUUGAGAUUUUCAUUUUUGUGGUGUGUAGCCCAAGGGAAGGAAGUGUCAGGAGUUUAGGAAUUUUCUUUUUUAGUUUACUGAGAAUGAGAUGAGUUUAUAGGUUUUAGCUCUCCUGGUUGCUAAUAAAUAAACGCUGAAUCUAUUUUGGCUCUAGAGUGUAAAUAAAGUGCAAAGUUUUCUUUCUUGUAAAUUCCCCCUUUCUAGA